AUGAAAUCUUCAGAACGUCAAACAGACAACAAUGGGUCGAUCUCGUUUCUUCAAACCAUGGGAAGAAACUUGCGUACAGCAAGUGUAUCAGAAGUUUACAGUGCUGUUGAGCUAUCUCCUUCCAAGGAUACCAUUGUGCGGAAGAUGGUGGAGCUGACGGAUUAUCAGCUGCCGGGGUCUAACACAAAUUGGAAUGGCUUCGUUGCCACUCCUCCUCCUCAAUCUCCUCCAUUUUCAUAA